CAGAAGAUGAGACCUAAUUAUAGUAUGAGUAUCGACCACACAGAUCAAUAUCCUAGUAGUUGAAUAUAGUAUUCCCAUUCCUUUGUAAAAGUGAAAAGCCAACUUCCUCGGCACUCAGCAGCCAUGCUCGCCACUCACACAAUCUCCCUUCCUUCUUCUUCUUCUGCACCUACAAAUACCCAUGGCGUCACCACCACCACCGCCAAGAGGAAGCGAAAGCCCGCCGGAACUCCAGAUCCUGAUGCAGAAGUGGUGUACCUUUCUCCGGAGACGUUAAUGGAGUCCGACCGCUACGUGUGCGAGGUCUGCAACCUGAGUUUCCAGCGCGAGCAAAACCUGCAGAUGCACCGCCGCCGCCACAAGCUGCCGUGGAGCCUCCACAAGAACGAGCGGCCGCCGCACGAGGCGGCGGCGGCGGCCCGGAAGCGGGUGUACGUUUGCCCGGAGCCGAGCUGCGUCCACCACGACCCGGCGCAUGCGCUGGGCGAUCUUGUCGGGAUAAAGAAGCACUUUAGACGGAAACACAGCAACCACAAACAGUGGGUCUGCGAGAGAUGCUCUAAAGGUUACGCCGUCCACUCCGACUACAAAGCUCACCUCAAAACCUGCGGCACCCGAGGCCAUUCCUGCGAUUGUGGUCGUGUCUUUUCUAGGGUUGAAACCUUUAUUGAGCAUCAAGAUUCAUGCAAACCCGGAAGAAAAGAAAUCGGCGGCGAUCGUCUCCAGACGCCAUUAAAACCGGCAGGUUUCUUCCCACCAAUCUUCAACCUGAAUCUCAGUACCGCGGAGCCUCAUUCACAAUACAGAUUAAUCUCCGAGAGAAGAACAGAAGCGCAAGAAUUGAUAAUAUUCCCAGUGCAUAAAGACGGAAAUCAUCAUCUAUCUUCAUCUUCUUCUCCCCAUCGCCAUACCCUCGAGCUGCGUGAGCUAUUUCCAUCGAAGAAAAACGAAGAAACACCGAAUUCCUCAGCCUCAGCGGCCAUUGACGACGACGAUGAUGAAGUUGAUCAUAACACGCUUCUGCGGCGAGCAUUGCGUCUGAGAAGCGAGACUAAAGAAGUGAUGAGAGUGGCGAUGGAGCAGAAGGCGAAGGCGGCGGAGAAGAGGAAGCAGGCGAGGGUUCUAAUGGAGAUGGCGAGCCAGGAAAUGGAAAAGGCAAAGAAGAUCAGAGAACAGGCGUUUGUGACUGAGAUCAGAAACUCGCAGCUGCAGAAAGAUCGUUUAACAUGGCAGAUGCUUAUCGGUUCAUCUAGCGGCGGCCAACACAGAAUAACGUGCGAUUCCUGCAAGAUGAAUCGCAGCAAAGCCUUCUUCCAAGAAUCAGCGGUGAACUAUUACUUUCCCUCUGCAAUUACACAUGGUGAAAAUGGGGACAACAACAACAGCCUAAUGUUUCGACCACUCCGGCCUGCCUGAAUUGCACUCCAAUCUCGAGAGUCGAGAUUCUUGGGCUUGUGAAGUAUAUUCUAAUUUCCACAUUGUAUCUUGUACCAAGGAUUUAGUUGCUCAGCCAUGUCAAAUCUAUCACUUCAUCCGACACUUUUGUAAUACAAUGUUAAGAAUAAACAAAUGUUUUUUAGUGACAA